GGCGCAUGCGCAUAGCUGAAUUAGCCGACAGCUAGCGCCGUUGUUGCGAGUCCACCGUAGUUACACACACACACACGCGCGCGCGCGACCUAGCGUUAGCAACAAGACCCACAGCAGCAUCACAGAGUCUGUAAGGUUAACUCGGAGUAUUCACAGGAGUGCGCCGGCGGGGAAACGGAUCCGCAAUGCUGAACCCGACCAAUGGUGACCCAGGUCACGUUGUUGUGAACUAUGUGGAGGAGUAUUUGGAUCUUGUGGAGUCCCUUCCUUUUGACUUGCAAAGGAGCGUGUCCCUCAUGAAGGAAAUUGAUGCCAAGUAUCAAGAUGUUCUGAAGGAGCUUGAUGAUGCUUAUGAGCGGUAUCGCCGUGAAUCUGACUCCCUUCAGAGGCGCAAGCUUCAGUUGUCUAUUCAGAGGGCACUGAUUCGCAGUCAGGAGCUUGGAGAUGAAAAGAUCCAGAUUGCUGGUCAAAUGGUGGAGCUGGUUGAGAACCGAACGCGACAAAUAGACUGGCAUUCAGAACUACUCCUUUCCUCUCAAGAAAUCCCAGAAAGUCACAUUCCUCCGGCCACCUCCAUGACAACCACUGCAUCGUCUUUGAUGUCCUCAACAUCAGCUACAGUUACUGUGGGCAAACCCAGUCACCACGACAAGAAGCGCGAUGAGGUCACAUCGUCUUCAGGCGGUGGAGAAAAGGCGGGAGGGAAACGCUCACGACGUCAGAAAAAUGGAGAAAAUCGGGAAAGCUACGGGGGUCUGGAUCAUGCUGAGGAAGUGGGAGUGGGGGUGUCUCGGGAAAAGAAGGCCAAAACAUCUUCCAAGAAAAAGAAAAGGUCAAAAGGAAAAUCAGAGAGAGAAGUGUCUCCUCCAGACCUGCCCAUUGAUCCGGAUGAGCCAACAUAUUGCCUGUGCGAACAGGUGUCUUACGGCGAGAUGAUUGGCUGUGAUAAUGACGAAUGUCCCAUUGAGUGGUUUCAUUUCUCCUGCGUCGGGCUCCAUCAUAAGCCUAAAGGCAAGUGGUACUGCCCGAAGUGUAGAGGCGAAAACGAGAAGACCAUGGACAAGGCCUUAGAAAGGGCUAAGAAGGAGAGAGCCUACAACAGGUAGCUCUCCUGGCCCCAUGAACAUUCCUGUGUGAAAAAUUUAAUUUUAUCUAUAUUAGUCUUCAUUUACAGUUAACAGUGUUUGCUAAAAAAAAAAAAAAAAAAUCCACGAAGAGAGGGGUGUUGUAAAUAGUUAUUUUUGUAACAGCUGUGUACCUGAGAAAUGAGAAUGCCACCUCCUGGUUGUUUACAAACAGUAGCUGUAGUACAGUACACAACCAUGUGCAUGUUUGUAACAAGCUGUCCUGCACAUCAUCCCUCUUUGUGUUCGUCUUGCAUGCAACAUCACAAGCUUAACUAUAUAAACUCAAAUAAAAAACAAAGUAGAAACAUGAA